AUGGCCACCACCUUCACGCUGCUCGGGGCAGCCUCGUCCCACGGCCCCGGCGCCGGCCUCGCCGCCGGAGAUGACGGCCAUCAUUACGGCUGCCUCGGCGACGGCGAGCCGGGGGAGGCGGGCGGCCGGAGCGCGGCGUCCCCGGUGUACUCAAGCCUCGCCGUCAGCCCCGCCGGCGACGCCGCCGUCGCCCUCGCUCUCGCCGUUCCCAAGAUGGCCGCCAUUGAUAGGAACUGCAACGGGUGCUACCACUGCCAGAAGAUCAGGAGGGCGCUGCUCCAGAUGCAAGAGCUGGAGAGCCACCUGAUCGACCGGAAGAAUGGCCGGGUGAGCGUCUGGGGCGCCUUCAGCCCGCAGGACGUGGCCAUCAAGAUCAGGAAGCGGACCAACCGGCGCGUCGAAAUACUAGAGCUCUGGGAGGCCGCAGGGCCGGGGGGCGGCGACGAGCAGGGCGUCGGCGGCGGGCAGAUGCCCUGAAACCCACCUUCUAUGCGCCGUCAGAGCACUCGAAUCCUGCUCCCGUUAGCUUCUGUGCCUGAAACAUUCAGAGGAUUUACCCCUUCUUGUGUGCGAGCUUAUAAAUCAUCAUUUUGAUCUGUACUCCUCAUGACCUGUUUUGAGUGACUUUACCACUUAGUUAUUUCCCCACUGACGGCCUGCUUAAUCUCGACUUCUUGCUAACCAGCAUCAUCCAAGCUACAAACAAGCUUUUUUUUUAGUUUACAAACAAGCUAGUCUGAAUGUAAAGAUCUUUUGCAUUAUUAUGAACACC